AUGGCAGCAUUGGACGAGCGGCCAGUUGUUGGUCCCAUGUUAGUCUGGCUAGAUGCUUUGGAGAAAGAUUUUGAUAAAGCAUUUGUCGAUUUGGAUUUAUUGCUAGGAGAAAUUGAUUCUGAUCAGGCAGAUAUAAUGUUCGAGAGUCGUCAAAAAAUGAUUGCGCUCAGUAGUGCAUUUGCUCAGCUCGUCCAUAAAGCGCAAACGAUUUUCCAGUGCAAUGUGCGCCAAGAGGCAGAAUUGGUACAACUUAGGGAUGAUCUAUGUUUAUCACGAUCCGCUCAUUAUGAACUUGAACGUGAAUCUCAGCAACUCAUGCUUCAGGUACACAGCUUGCAUUGUCAAGUACAUUCUAAAACUGCUCCACAUGAAUCAGAUAUGAUCAAGAAAAAACUGGAGCAAGAGAUACUAACCUUUCGGUCCGAAAUUCGGCCUCCCGUAAAACUUCGUUUGGAAGUGGAACUUCUUCGUAAAGAAAACAAAAAAUAUCGUCAAAUGAUUUUGGCUAUGCAAAAUGAAGUUUAUGGUGCUCGACUUGCUGCCAAAUACUUAGAUAAAGAGCUUGCCGGAAGGAUUCAGCAAAUCCAAUUACUUGGUAGAGAUAUGCGUGGUGCUGAACACGAUCGAUUAUGGAAUCAGUUGGAAGCUGAAAUUCAUCUUCAUCGUCAUAAAACUGUAAUUCGAGCAUGCAGAGGAAGAAGAGGUAGUCAGAAGCAUUUACCAUCACCACCUCAUCAUGAUUACAGAAGCUUGCGGAAAAAAAAAGGUGUGGGACAAAUACGCAGUGUUAAACUUGUCAAGGAUUCAUACGAAGGUCUCGGCAUAUCUAUUACGGGUGGAAAAGAGCACGGUGUACCAAUUUUAAUUUCGGAAAUUCAUCCGAAUCAACCUGCUGAACGAUGUGGCAAUUUAUUUGUUGGUGAUGCCAUAUUAUCCGUCAAUGGCAUUGAUUUGCGUACUGCAAAGCAUAAUGAAGCUGUUCACAUACUUUCCGAACAGGAAGGCGAAUUAAAUUUAAACGUGGUCUAUGUAGCUCCAGAUCAAGAUAGUGAUGAUGAUGGUGAUGUAGUAAUUGAAACACAAGGCGGCUUUACAUUCAACUUAUAUGAACCAUUCACGAAUCGUGAGCACGAGACGGCAAGUUCGAGUAUGCUGGAACAAACGACAAGUAGUUGUUCAUCAUCUGCAUCCCAUCGUAGUGAUAACAACAAUUUGGUUGUUGAAAGUGGUACUGUUCGAGAAUGA